UAAGACCCAAGACCCUUCAGGGUCUCAACCUUCCAAACCUUAGACUUCAGGAACCCUGGGCCUGAACACACAGCCCUGCAGGCCUUUAUGCCUUUUCACUACCCGCCUUUUCCACCAUUAUACACUACAUGGCCUCCUAAAGAAAUAUGUGACUGCUGUCACUUUUUGCAGAUAAUUGGGAGAGGAGGUGCCCGGCAUAGAUAACCCCAAAGUUGGCAGCACUUUCAGGCUUUGGGAAUCAGGCGCGUCACCGACCUGUACGAUUUCUCCUCUCUGUCCUUGCUCGCCUGCAAAUCCUGACCCCCGUCCCCACUGCGGAGAAAUCUCCUAAGAGACGGCUGCCGGCGUAGCCUCUGCGCGCGGGAGGCGUGGGGCGGAGGGCGCGGGAGCUGAGCGCGCUGCGGCCACGCUCCCCGCGCAGAGACGAGAGGGAGGGGCCGGCGGGGGCCGGGCAGCACCAGAGGCGGCGCGCGGCGCUCGCUGAGGCUCAGUCUCCUCCCGAGCCCAGCCCUGGCCGGCGAGAGCGGAGGCGAGCGCGAGCCGGAGCCGGAGACCGGGCCUCGGACCAGGGAGGCGGAGGGCCAGAGAAGGCAGCGGACCGGAGCGGAGGGUCGCGCUCGGGCCCCCCCGCCGCGUUCGCGUUCUCCUGGCGGUUCCCGCAUAAAUGUCGAAAAUAUUUCCUGCGAAGCGUAAGAUUCUCUGAUUGUGAACGUGCCCCACACGCACCGUUGACUAUAAAGUGAAGAAAAGUAUGAGAGAGCCAUCUGGUUAAGUCUCCACUUUGAAGACCACCACAUCCCCAGAAGACCCAGGAUGGAUCUGCACCAAAGCACUGCCAUCACUUUCCUUGAGAAAUGGUGUUUGGAUAAGUCACUGUCUGGCUACAGGAGACAUUAUAGUGUCAGGAAAAAACUGAAGUUAAUUCGAAUCGUAGGCCUUUUCCUGGGCCUAGUAGCCAUUAGCACUGUCUCAUUUUCAAUCAGUGCCUUUUCUGAGACAGAGACAAAGAAUACGGAAGAGGCCGUUGGCGCAAGUGGCCCUAAGGUAGCACACGGUUACCAUCAAAGAACUCUCUUAGAUUUGAAUGACAAGAUUCUGGAUUAUACUCCACAGCCACCUCUUUCUCAGGAAGGCAAAUCCGAGAAUACAACAGAUCAUGCCCAAGGAGACUACCCAAGAGACAUCUUUUCCCUCGAGGAGCGAAGGAAAGGCGCCAUCAUUCUCCAUGUCAUUGGAAUGAUCUACAUGUUCAUAGCUUUAGCCAUCGUCUGUGAUGAGUUCUUUGUUCCUUCUUUAACUGUCAUCACUGAGAAAUUGGGCAUCUCUGAUGAUGUGGCUGGAGCCACCUUUAUGGCUGCUGGGGGCUCAGCCCCAGAACUUUUUACAUCUCUCAUAGGGGUGUUUAUUGCUCACAGCAAUGUUGGCAUAGGCACAAUCGUGGGCUCAGCAGUGUUCAAUAUCCUUUUCGUUAUUGGCAUGUGUGCUCUGUUUUCUAGAGAAAUCUUAAACCUGACAUGGUGGCCGCUCUUUCGGGAUGUGUCCUUCUACAUCGUUGACUUGAUCAUGCUGAUCAUAUUUUUCCUGGAUAAUGUGAUCAUGUGGUGGGAAAGCUUGCUUCUCUUAACAGCUUAUUUUGGCUAUGUGGUUUUCAUGAAAUUCAACGUCCAAGUAGAAAGAUGGGUGAAGCAAAUGAUAAAUCGCAAUAAAGUCGUCAAAGUGACAGCACCAGAGGCCCAAGCAAAGUCGUCCACAGCCAGGGACAAGGAUGAGCCGGCUCUACCGGCUAAGCCACGUCUCCAGCGAGGUGGAAGUUCUGCCUCCCUCCAUAACAGCCUCAUGAGGAACAGCAUCUUCCAGCUCAUGAUUCACACCCUUGACCCACUCGCUGAAGAACUUGGAUCAUAUGGAAAACUAAAAUAUUAUGACACAAUGACUGAAGAAGGGAGGUUCAGAGAAAAGGCUUCUAUUCUCCACAAGAUCGCCAAGAAGAAAUGCCAGGUGGAUGAGAACGAGAGGCAGAAUGGGGCUGCCAAUCACGUGGAAAAAAUCGAGCUCCCAAACAGCACCAGCACAGAGGUUGAAAUGACACCAACCAGUGAUGCUUCAGAACCUGUGCAGAAUGGAAAUCUCUCCCACACCAUGGAAGCCGCAGAAGCCCAGACCACGGAGACGGGUGAAGAGGAGGACCAGCCUCUCAGCCUGGCCUGGCCUUCCAACCCCCGCAAGCAAGUCACAUUCCUAAUUGUUUUACCCAUAGUGUUUCCUCUCUGGAUCACCUUGCCUGACGUCCGCAAACCUUCAUCAAGGAAGUUCUUUCCCAUCACGUUCUUCGGCUCCAUCACCUGGAUUGCUGUAUUCUCUUACUUGAUGGUGUGGUGGGCACACCAGGUUGGAGAGACAAUUGGCAUUAGUGAAGAGAUUAUGGGCCUGACCAUCUUGGCUGCUGGAACCUCCAUCCCUGAUCUUAUCACCAGUGUCAUAGUGGCCCGGAAAGGGCUUGGGGACAUGGCUGUGUCCAGCUCUGUUGGAAGCAACAUUUUUGACAUCACUGUAGGGCUUCCACUGCCCUGGCUCCUAUAUACCAUCAUUCACAGGUUCCAACCAGUGGCUGUCAGCAGCAAUGGCCUCUUCUGUGCCAUUGUCCUCCUCUUCAUCAUGCUGCUCUUCGUCAUCCUCUCCAUUGCCCUCUGCAAAUGGCGGAUGAACAAAGUGCUGGGCUUCAUCAUGUUCGGCCUCUACUUUGUGUUCCUGGUGGUCAGCGUCCUCCUAGAAGACAGAAUUCUUGUGUGCCCUGUCUCCAUCUAGUAGGAAAAGCCAUAUCCUGAACCAACAGCGUGGAUGGCCCCUCCCUGCCCUGGGUUCUAGGCUCCUUGACCUCUCCAGAAGAGGCAGCUGGCACACAGCCGUGGGCAUUUCAGAGCGUCCCUCACUAGCGGAUUUGAGGAUGGAUGGAUUUACGCUGGGCCCACUCAUUUCACGAGCUGCUGCCAACCUUGCCUACUGAAACAGCUCCACACAAGAACCGUCCAUUUUGGGGCUUCUCUCCGAUUCACCACUGACAGGUACUCCUCGCUGGUCGGAGGUACAUUCAUUGUAAUGAUGCAAACAAUGACAGAGGCUCUCUCUAUAUACACAUACAAAAUAUACAAAUUAUAAAUAGAUGCAUAUGAACAUACCCCCGCCUGCUCCUGUAUUAUACCUCUCCUUUCAUACCUAUAGAGUCAUACAUACCUGUAUACAAACAGAAAGAAAGAAAAAUUUUAUAUAUAUAUAUAAAUUUUAUAUAUAUAUAUAUAAAAUCAUCACAUAUAUAUAUAAAUACAAAUGCAUCUUUUCAGGGAUAGCUCUAGUAUAUUUAUAGCACCUAUUUGAAGAGGGGCAUCAGCCUUCAGUCUGAGCUUUACCUCUUAAGUACAAGAGGUAAACUAAUAGAAUCAUUGCUGUGACCUUCAGCCUACCUUGGACUUAUUGGGAUCCUGCCGGGCAACGUGGAUGUUUUAGAGGAAUAUGUUGCAGGAGGGAGGGCUUGGUGGAGAGGGUCUGUAGGGACCCUGAGCUGAGACUUCCAAAACAUUCCCACCAGCCAAACAGUGAAAACUAUUUGCCCACCCCUGCUGGGCACGCUGACCAAAACCCAUGGGGCCACUUGGGACAGACAGAGGUAAAACCCAGACUGGGUGGAUAUUGCUUUGGAGGCAGGGGAGAGGUUACCAGGGUUGGGGUUUUUUGGAGUUUUUUAUAUAUAUUGCCCCAGCAUGCAAGUAGAAAAUGUAACUGCAAACCAAAUUAGUGCUCUCCUAGGACAACAAGACUAUAUAAACUGAACCUAUACUGUUCUAAUGCAUGUCCCAUUAUCAUCAAAAGGGGGGGGACAGAUUUAACUGUGAUUGUCAUUUAGGUGUAUUUUGAUGCUAAGGGCUCACAUAUCAUCAAAAUGCCUGCCAAGAGAGCCUGGGACAGGUGAUAAGAAAUAUCAUCCAGUAGAGGGGCUCAAUGGAACUUGCCACCUAAUGGGAAUAUAAGGGCAUGGUUCUUUAAAGCAUCUUCCAGUGCGGUUCACAAAGGGCUUCAGUGUCUAAAUAAAUUAUUAUUCCUGCAAUAGAAAUAAACAAUCUGAUCUAUAGUGCUUGGGUCGAGGCAGCUUAGAGAUGUUUGGAAAGGCAUCUGUGCACCCCGUGCACUGAGGAAGGUUUCUGAGGCCUAUGUUUAGCGGUGCCAGGAUGAGGGGGUGGGUAGAGCCCAGGCAAAACCUGUGUUUCUCCCUCCAUCGAGACCCUACGUGGGACUCUUGCUGGCUUAGAGAGUCCACCGAAGACGUCUUCACGCUGGCCUCAAGCCAGUCACUCCAAGGUUUUGAUCUCCUGAUUUUGCCAGCAUUCACGUGACAUUUUCAUUUCGUUCACUCCAUGCCCCCAAAUUCUGUUUGAUACCUUGUAUGAUUUCUCAGAUCUGUGUCAAUAGAAAAUAAAACCGUCAGGGGGAAGAAAAGGCAAAGUGAAAUCAAUGAGAAAAUAUAGAUUUUCAUGUCUCCACGUCAUGCUUUCCUUAUAAUCAGUUGAAAAAGAAAGUAGAGGAUGGCCCAUUAUUCUGUACCCACCUUCCAUCUCAGCUGGGACACACCACACAUGACAUGUGUUCUUGUCUCCGGUUUACUGUGUCCCUGAUACCUGCUAUGAUCCUGUCGUGAGCACAUACCUCCUAACACAGGGAGACAGGAUGCAGAACUCACAACCAAAUAGAGAGGAAGGGAGACCUGACAGCCCCAGAUCAGGCUCAGUAUUCCUUCCACAGAACCCCAGCUCACUCCACAGAGCGUGGCAGUAACAGGCAGUGUCCCUCAUGGCUCUUCGCCCCCAAGCAAAAAGCACUUCUGAGUGGAGGCUCACGUGGGAAAAAC